CAAAACCGCCUCCCUUUCACAUAGCUGCCUCUUCUCUCUCCAAACCACACCAUCAGGCCGUCUUGUUUCUCCAGAUUUCUCUCUCUCACAACUCUCUCUCUCUCUCUCUCUGUUAAAUUCUUUCUGUGCAUGGCAGUCAGUAUCUUAUCUAAUGAGGUAUCUGACCUGUGUCUUGGAAAACCUGCGUUGAGCUCUCUGUCAGCUUCUGCAACCGUCGGUGACGCGUUGUCUGCUCUCAAAAGAUCUGGUGAUUUGUUCUUAAGCGUUUGGAGCUGUGAUCACCUUCACCAUUGCAACUCUCCAAUAUCGAUCCAGGUUGACUUUGAAGAAUGUAAAUGCGUUGGCAAGGUUUGCUUGGUGGAUGUGAUUUGCUUCUUGUCUGUAGAAGAGAAUUUGAAGAAUCCGGGAAAAGCCCUUCAAGAACCGGUCUCUGUGCUUUUAAAUUCUAAGGUUCCUGGACUUGUUAGGCACCUGGAACCGCAUGCCAGCCUGUUGGAGGCCAUAGAUGCCAUCCUUGGAGGGGCACUGAACCUUGUGAUUCCACUUCGCAACCCAUUCACAAGAAAGCUGGUAUACAAAUCCGCAGCCAACUCCACCCUCCACAACAACCGUGAGUACUGCUGGCUGGCUCAGGAAGACAUAAUCCGUUACCUCCUCAACUCCAUUGGCCUCUUCUCUCCAACUCCAAACCACACCAUCGAGUCCCUCGGCCUCAUUGACUCUGAACCCUUCUUUACUGUCCAUUAUGAUGACCCUGCCUCCUCUGCAUUGCCCUUGAUCUCUCAGUCCCUCAUUAAACAAACAUCUGUAGCCAUUCUUGAUACAGAUGGUAAGUUGAUUGGCGAAAUCUCACCAUUCACAUUGAACUUUUGUGACGAGACAGUGGCAGCUGCAAUCGCAACACUCUCUGCUGGGGAGUUGAUGGCUUACAUAGACUGCCGUGACCCACCAGAGGACCUGUUAAGGUUGGUGAAGGAAAGACUGGAAGAGAGGAAUCUAGGACCUGCUUUGGACUUGAUAGAAGAGGAAUCAGGAAUUUCAUCAUUGUCAUCGUAUUCAUCUUCUUCAGAUGAAGAGUUUGGAAUGGGAAGGAGUGGGGGGGUGUCUGGGCAUUCAGCAGGGGUGAGGGGUACCGCCCAGACAACCGUGUGCUAUCCAUGGAGCUCGUUGGUGGCAGUGAUGAUUCAGGCUCUUUCACAUCGUGUAAGCUGCACAUGGGUUAUUGAAGAGGAUGGCACUUUGCUUGGUGUUGUCACCUUCGCAGGAAUGAUUAAAGUGUUGCGGGAACGUUUGAAGUCAAUGGCGUGAGCAUUCAGAAUCAGGCACUUAAAAAAGGAAGAGCCAAAACUUUGAUUUUACGCCAACAUUCUGCUCAAUGGUUUCUUUUCUUUCAA